AUGGCCUUUUCUGCAGCUGGUGCUACUGGUGAAUCACCAAGAGAAGCAGCAACAGAAGCGUUGCCACCGGCUGCAUCUGAAGGACGCGAGGCGAGGCAGCAACAUGCUUAUGAUGUCUCCAUCGUUGCAGCGGAGGCUGCCUCUGCUGCCAGCAAGCUCUUUGAAGGCCAUUUAAAGGAACGGGUGUCGCAAAUGCUGUUGCUGUUGCAAGAAGAUCCGCAUCAGCAACCCAAGGAGAAAGAGCUGAAUCGGCAGCCACAUAAGUGGAACGCUCAUACGAGGCCGCGGCAGAGCAAAUCGACGAGGGGUAAUGGGGCCUGUCGAACCCUGGAGGGGACCAGCUAUAGCAGUAAUAGCAGUUGUAGCAGCAGCAGUAGCAGUGACGAAAGAGACAAGACACAAUGCAGCAAGUGCAAGGCACUGCAGCAGCGAUUGAAACUAGAGCGGCUGAAGAGGCGCGCCGAAGACAGCGAAGCGAAGCAGUUGAUUGCCCGCGUGGCCUCGCACGUAAUGCGACUGAGUGGGGAGGCACGGGAAGCUGCAACAGCCGCAGCCGCAGCUGCUGCUACGGCGGCAUACGAUAAGCAGCAGAAGCAGCUUCAGCAGGAGCACCAACUGCUGCAUGAAGAACAGAGGCGCUAUGCGGCUGUGAAGGAGCAGUUGGAGACCGUUCAAGCUCAGUUAGAGUCAACUCACCGGCAGGAAAAGCAGCUGCUGCUACAACACGCCACCACGCUGAUAGAGCAGCUCUUGGGGAAGGUGGAUCCCCUUUUGCAGCUGGCACUACUUAGAAUGGAGCGCCUGGCAUUGCGGCUGCAGCAGCUACAGCAGCAGCAAGAACGAUGGCAGCAGCAGUGUCGGCUGUUGCAUCCUCAGGGGCAGGUGCAAAGACUACCGCUGACUCACUACUCCCAAGCAACCUUAGGCCUGCUAGGGCUCAAUCGUCAACUGCAGCAGCAGCAGCAGCACUGGCAGCAGCAUUUGUGUGUGGGGGGUAGGGAGAGUGCAAUCAGCGGCUCAGAUGUGCAAUGUGGAAACCAACGACUCGUCGAUGAGGUUAUAGGUUCUAUGAUCGCGGGCAGCCCGCAGCAGCAACAGCAGCAGCUGCCUUACCAACCUGCAUCUCCUCAUCUUUCUGGCGCUCCAGUAACUCUACCUACAUCGUCUGCCCCCCCCUAUGCUGCGGGCUGUUUCAGCGGCAGUCCUAUCUUGACUCCUGCCGUUGCAUUUGCUCGCGCUGCUGCUGCAGCUGAGGGCCUGUUUGAUGUGUCCAGUGGAGUAGGUGUGCGCGACUGUUACAGCAGCUGUUGCAAAAGCUUGCCUGGAGGCUUGUCCCCGGUAACUCCCGGUGGCUCUAGAAAAAGAGGCUCCCUGUUGUCAAAUGCGAGUGUAGGAAAAAACUUGUCAGGGCGGCACUGGCCUUUCACUUCAGCUCCCGUAGCUGACGCUCCUGUUGCUUCCGCAGCCUCAGGGCUUGCGAUCCAUCACGCUGCUCCCUCCUUUAUUCCCCAGAACAGGCACGCCAGGACGUUAGAGCGCCUGUCGGCUCCCGCGCAGAUUGCCACUCGCACAUCUACGGGGGUUUGCCAUGUGUCAUCAGAAGCAGACACUCCGGAGGACGAGAUUGCUGCAAAGGGGGGGGAAAAGGGGGAGGUUUUAGCGUUCCAGGCAACGCCAGCGGUGAAUGGAUCGUCGCCGCAUACGGCAGUCGCGCAGCUGCCAGUGGCUAGGCCCCAAAAGGCUCAGACGUCGGGACUAAGCAUUGCAUUUCUUGGUGAACGGCUGCAGCCACAGAGAGUUCCCUCGUUGCAUAAGCCCCCAGCUGCUCACCUCUAUCCGCUUCCUAUGAGUGGCAUCCCUGGUGACUUGCAGCAGGAAAAGAGGGAUGACUGCUGCUCCCCUUUUACGCAGGCAAAUGCACCGCUUCUUACUUCGCCGCGCGUGCAGCAGUCUGUGCUGGAAAAAUGGGCUAGAGAGCAGCAGGCACAGCGGCCAGUUCAAGGACUCUCGUUGGAGGCACCGGAUUGGCUCGGGGACGUACAGAAGACGAAUGCCUGUCAUUCGGACAAGAAGGAGGACAAGGAAUUAGAAAUAGUUGCUAAAAAGCACGCAACCGACGCCCCUAUGGGUGGAGACCAACGAAUAAACGUGUUCCAUAGGGUGGAAGUGACUCAGGAAGAUAAGAGCUCCACGCAGCAGCAACUCAUGCAGAGUUAUGCCGGAUCCAUUUCUUCCGUGGACCUGCAAGGAUUCAGCUCGUUGCGAAUGCCGCUGCGGGAACUGCUGAACGACCAGGAGUCCUUGCUGGAGGCCCUGGAUGCUGAGUACAGAGAGCCUCCAGUGGCCCCGCAUACUACUGACUCUAAAUAUGCCCUUCCUUUAGAGGAGGAGGUCGAAAAGUAUGAAUCUGCAGGGGCAAGUGUUCAACUAGGGGGUGAGGACAGAGGAAAUCACAGGGAUGUAGAGGGCAACGGGUCUGUACCCAUGCCUUGA